GCUUCGCUUUCUGGCCUCGAGGAGUGCAUUGAUCCAAAGGACCGAACACCCGCAUUCAACGAUAUUGUAUUUUCCGCCUCCGGGAACCGUCUGCGUGGCUACUCUUUCUACUCGGAAUUACCUGCCAACACAGCCCAACUGGACGGGUUUUACUAUUGCAAAUUCCGUAACAAACGCGGUGAUUUGAUUUCCAAUUAUGUUCAAAUUCAAAAUGUCUAUUACUAUCAAAAAAUGAUGGUCGAACGAGGUCUGGAAAAUGCACGCUACUUGCCAACCUUGAAUCCGUCCAUGUUUCCCAUGCAAUUGGAUUGUGGAAGUUCUUCCGGUUCGGAGACCCUGCCCGAUUGGGCUGAUCACUCAUUCCCCAGUCCAUUCCGAUGGUCUUUUUGUCGUUUUGGCGAAAAAGAUUUGGAAUUUCAUUGUGUGAAUCGUAUUCGGAACGAGCCUAUCCGUGUGUCGGAGUUCUUCGAAAGUGUGGUGUUCACCAAUGGUAUGUCCACUUCUCAGUUUCCCCGAAUUUCUGAGAAACUUGUUAUUCGUGCACCGUGA